UUUUUUUUUUCUUCUUCUUUUCAUUCAUAUAAUGAUAUAUCAGCCAGAGAAAGAGUGUAAUAGUAAAUUACCGUCUAUUUCAAAUUUACUAAGUUCUUCACCGCCUAUUCUGAAUCUAUCACCUCCUUCACCUCUUUUACCUUCAACGCCUCCACAUUCUAGUAAAUCAUUUAAUUCGUAUCUUUCUUCACCAAGAUUGCCUUCUAUUUCACCUAUAUUGUCUCCAAUUCAUUCACCGACACAUACUUUCCUGAAUACAAGUAUACAGCAAUUAUCAAUCAGUACAAGUCAGACUAUUCCUCCUAUUCAAGGGGACGAUCCCCCACAACGAUUACGUUUACCUUCAACAUCAUCCAUUUACAAUCAUAAUCAGCCUAUUUCACCAAAGACUCUGUUUAAUGAUACCUACAAUCAAAAAUCAUCUAAUCCAUGGAACUCCUCUCAUCAUACUCCCUCUUUUACUACUAUGAUUGAAAACUCACCACAGUCAUCUCAAAUGAUAGUAGAGGAUUCAACAAUAAGUGAUUCUGAAUAUCUUUGUGCGACUUCUCAAUAUAAUAGACCUAGAUCAACUUCAACUGUUUCAGAGCCUGUUCCUUGUACAAAAUCGUCAAUAACAACUAUAACUCUAAAUGAUCGUGAAGACAAAUACGACGACGACGACGACGACGAAGAAGUAGAAGAGAAAGAAACGGUCAUGUCAUCAAAAUCUGUGGCCUCUACACAACUUGUAUUUGAUUCUUUUGGUCAACCAAAACAAAAAAGAAGAAGAGGUAGACCUCCUAUCUCAAAAAAUAUAAGUAGCAAUUCUAAUCAAGAUAACGAAGAUAAUAAUAAUAAAAGCUGGACUUUUCUAACGCCUACUGUAUGGGAUGUAUUCAUUUCUGAAGAACAAAAAGAACGAGAGUUAAAGGCGAAUCAAAAGGAACAACAAUUAAUGAUGUCUUGGUCUUCUUCAAAAAAGGAAAAUAAACAAGUCCUAUUGAAUACACAUGAUGAAAGUAGAGGAGGCGAUUCUCUCAUGAACAAUUCAAUGGCUGCCUUUACAAAUUCUAAGAUGGAUACUAUUUUACAUAUGCCACGCAAAAAAAGAGGUAGAAAGCCAAAGACUCAUAUUAUUGGUAAUUCCUGUUUUGUGUGGAAAGACUUGACCUCUACAAGAUCUUCUUCAUCAGCAGAGAAGUCUCAAAAAUGAGUAUAUAAAUAUAUGUAUGUACACAUAUAUAUAUAUACGCACACACAUACACACACACACACACACACAUAUAUAUAUAUAUAUAUAACAGAAAAGGAAAAAAAAAAGAUAUCUCAACCUCUUAG